UGAAAAUGAAAAAAUAUCUACAACAUAUCAUAAUCCAAAAAACAUAACGAUUCGAAAGAACGAAGCGAAAACAUGGCGCAAGUGCUGUACCUGCGUUUGUCUCUCCCUGCAGAAUCCCGAAAAUUCUCACCUUCUUCUUCUUCUUCUUCUUCCAAACCUUCACUGAAGCUUCCACAAAGAACUCGAAGCUCCAACGUAUCCAUUCCUGCCACCACCAAAGGUGGUUCCAGUCGCUUGCUCAAAACCCAGAAGCUGAAUUCAGAGGUUUCUCCUCACAGAGCUGUCUCAUCUGUGAGAUUGAUGAGGAUAGAGCUUGGUGGUGCUUUUGCUGACCUUCUCAAUGAGAAAGGCAAAGGUUCUGGCGAGAAUGAGAUGGGAUAUGUCCAGAGAACGCUCGGCUUUCGAACCCGGGAAUUGAAUCAUCAUGAUCUUAGAUUGGUUACUGACAUUGUUGGGGGCACAAUUCGUUGGAGAAGAUAUCUUGAUCAUCUGAUCAGUUCACUUUGUCAUGAUAAAGAUAUAUCUAGUAUGGAACCUCUUCUCUUACAGAUUCUAAGAAUAGGAUUCUAUGAGAUUGUCAAAUUAGAUAUGCCGCCAUAUGCUGUUGUAGAUGAGAAUGUUAGGCUUGCCAAAGUUGCGCUUAGACCUGGUGCCGGCAACAUGGUCAACGGAAUCCUCCGAAAGCUAGUUGCACUCAAGGAAGAUGAGGUUCUUCCUUUGCCCAGAGUGGAGGGUGAUGAUCGUGCCCAAGCCCGUGCUUUAGCAACUCUAUACUCACACCCAGUUUGGAUGGUAAGGAGAUGGACAAAGUAUCUUGGCCAGGAAGAAACCAUUAAAUUGAUGAAAUGGAACAACAGUGAACCUAGUUUCAGCUUAAGAGCAAACCAGGCAAGAGGUUUUUCGAGAGAUGACCUUGUGAUGCAGCUUAAUGCAUUGAAGGUCCCACACAGCGUUUCACCACAUUUGGAUGAAUUUGUUCGCGUCAAAACCGGAUUGCAGACUGUAAUUCAGGCCGGAUUACUCAGAAAAGGCUUAUGUUCAGUUCAAGAUGAAAGUGCAGGUCUGGUAGUCUCUAUUGUGGAUCCUCAGCCGGGUGAAACUGUGAUUGAUUGCUGUGCUGCUCCUGGUGGAAAGACCUUAUACAUGGCCUCUCGUUUAUGUGGCCAAGGUUUGGUAUUUGCAGUUGAUGUAAAUCGUGGCAGAUUGAGGAUUCUCAAAGAGACAGCAAAGUUGCACCAAGUAGACGGCGUUGUUACCACCGUCCACGCCGAUCUUCGCGUGUUAACGGAUGGUGAAGCGCUAAAGAGUAACAAAGUUCUGUUGGAUGCUCCAUGCUCUGGGCUUGGUGUUCUUUCGAAGAGAGCGGAUUUGCGAUGGAACCGGAAGCUGGAAGAUAUGGAAGAGCUGAAGAAAUUACAGGACGAGCUCCUCGACGCGGCGGCCAAAUUGGUAAAACCUGGUGGAGUAUUAGUUUAUAGUACAUGCUCCAUAGAUCCUGAAGAGAAUGAGGAGAGGGUAGCAGCAUUUCUUCUAAGACAUGCGGAAUUUCGCAUUGAUCCUGUAGACAGAUUUGUUCCACCUGAUUUUGUGACGGACAGUGGUUUCUAUUUUUCUAACCCGGUAAAGCAUUCGCUCGAUGGCUCCUUUGCGGCUCGAUUGGUGCGCGCUUCCUAAAAAUCAACUAGGGAAACUGACCCUCCGCGACUGUCCCCCAUUUCGGGAUGGCAUUCAAUGGAAAACAGAGCGGCUGAGUUGCUGCGGCCGCAGUCCGUCUCUGAAAAAGGUUUAUAUCUGAGAUGUCUGCAACUUCAGUUUCAUCAGGCUGGUAAUCCUUAACAACAUACUUGCAGUUUUGAAUGCAAUCCAUGCUUCAAAAUUUUCUCCAAAUCCAUAUACACUUUCAAAGCAUCAUGAUUUCUAUCCGAGCAGGAAAUUUUUGUAGGGAAAAUAAUCCACAUACUUAUGCUGCUUUAGGGAAAUUGGUUGAAGCAAAAUUGAGUAGCUGUUAACAAGUAAUGUUUUUUUUUUUCUAAAACUGUUAUGCAGCUGUUGUAUCCCACAAUUUUGUAGAUAAUUUCAGGGACAUAUUGAUACAGUUUGUUUUUAUUGUUCAUCACACUUGACACACUUAGAACUUGAAUUGAAUUUGAGACAAUAAUUUUUUAUUUUUUCCAUAAUUUCUCAACCUAGUCAGUUAAAGAUUAAUCCAUUAGAAGAAUAAAUGACCAUUUGUACCCAUGAGAGAUGAAAACGCUGACAUUCGUACCCAUGAUAGCCCGAAACUAGACUUGUACCCAUGAGAGAUGAGGUCCGUGUGACAAAAGUGACCCGCCUUGGUUCUGAGCUUGGUUCGUGGCAUUCUGAACCUACGUGGCACUUCCACCCCCCCAAAAGCCUUUCUGACGUGGAAUUGAACGUUGUUAAUCAAAAGGGAUAGCUGAACUCACGAAAUGAAAACCCUAGGUAGCUUCAACCCUCCCCAAUACAAACCAGGAUCCAGAGAAUCGAAACUUGUUGGAUGUCAACGAGUGUGACGUUGAAUCUCAAUCGAAGCUUGGUUCGUACCUCCCUCAAUGUCUUCCCGCAGAUUUACCCCUGCUCCAAGUGAUGGCAGUGGCAGUUCUUCGUCAAGUUCGAAGAAGAAGAAGGUGAAGAAGGUGGAUGGCAGAUGCUUCUGUGGAAGAGACUUUGCGUUGAUGGAGUCUGGCACCGUUACGAACCCUAAUCGAUGGUUCAUCAGAUGUCCUCUAUGGGCGGUAAGGGCAGAUGCUGUUGGAGUCCAGGUGAGAAAGUUUUGUUUGCAUUUAAGUUGUUUGGCAGACAAGAGACUGCAAAUACUUUGUAUGGGUUGAUGAAAUCGAAGAAGGAUGGGAGGGCAUAGCAAGAUGUUUGGCCAGAAGACAGUCAGGGAGUUCUUAUCCAAGGCAUGAUGAUGGGCUCAUUGUCACUGAAGUUGGGGAAAAUCACGAAGCAUCAUCAAUCCUGGCGACAGGGAUAGAGAAACUUAGGGUUGAAAUUAGGGGUGAAAUUAGGGGUAUUAGAGUGUUGCUUGUAUGGAUAGCCUUGGCUGUUGCAUUUUGUUUGAUAUUUCUGCUGUAUUUCUUUCUGAAAAUGUAAAAUUUGUAUGGAAUUAGGGUCUUUGUAAAUCAUGAGACUAUGAAUGUGUUUCCUGUUUUUGACAUACACAGUUUUAUUCUGUUGCUGCCCUAUUACUUCUAUAUGAGAACUGUUAUUGGUACUCAGUUGGAUAUAUAUGCACAUGCAAGUACAUUUUCUACUAAAAGAAUCAGAAUUAAGCUCAAUAUGUGACAUAGAGACCUGAUGGUUGUGGGGAUGAAGUAUAAAAGCAUGAAAGCUAGCUCAAAAACUGGACUGAGCAUGAUAUAAACCAAAAAACAUAGUUAAAUAGAGUAAGAGUAGCAUGUCACAGGCAGAACAAGCAAA